AUGCAGGAAAAUCAAGUUUAUCGCAAAGUUUUCAUGUAUCUGAAUUCGUUACCUUCAGCUGAAGAUUCGGAUUUUGUUAAUCUCUUCUCCGGUGAUAACAAGCCCAACGAGAUCAAUCUCGUGAUCAACGCUGCACAUCAGAUGUUCUCAGACACGUACCUCGGUUCGCGAAUUUUCUGGAAAUUCGAGAAGGAUAGUUUAGUUUUGAAGAUGAGGACGAAAGAAAAACGUAGAAUUCUCAGUUCGUACCUUCAACACAUUCAUAAUGUCACCGACGAAAUCCAGCAGAAAACGAAGCAAAUCAGGCUACACAUCAACGCGGAAAAAGAACCGGAGAGGAACGGAAGGUGGAUAUCAGUUCCGUUCACUCAUCCAGCAACAAUCGACACGGCGGUGCUCGAUUCCGAUCUCAAAAACAAGAUGAAGUCUGAUUUGGAAUCGUUUUUGAAAUCCGAACAGUAUUAUCACCGUCUCGGCCGUGUCUGGAAACGGAGUUACCUACUCUACGGCCCCUCCGGCACCGGAAAAUCAAGCUUCGUCGCCGGAAUGGCGAAGUUUCUAUGUUACGACAUCUACGACGUCGAUUUGUCAAAAGUGGCCAACGAUUCGAAUCUGAAAUUGCUUCUACUACAGACAACGAGAAGGUCAAUGAUCGUCGUCGAAGAUUUAGACCGGUAUUUGGUUGACAAAUCAACGACUGUAAAUUUAUCUGGAAUUUUAAAUUUCAUGGACGGGAUCAUCUCAUCUUGUGGUGAAGAACGCGUGAUGGUUUUCACAGUCAGCAACAAAGAACAAAUUGAUCCAACGGUUCUGAGACCAGGUAGAAUCGACGUCCACGUGCAGUUCCCCUUAUGUGAUUUUCCCGCCUUCAAAACCCUAGCCAAUAGCCAUUUGGGGAUAAAAGAACACAAGCUUUUCCCACAAGUUGAAGAGAUUUUUCUAACCGGAGCUAGCUUAAGCCCAGCGGAGAUCGGCGAGAUUAUGAUCUUCAACCGAGGUUCACCAACCAGAGCUCUUAAAACUGUGAUUAGCGCAUUAAAAUCAAACAACGAUACGGUAAUCGCUAGCAAAACAAUAUCUGGUACUAAGAAUGAGGAACCAUUAAGACUGACACAUAGUGUUUCAGUUGGUGGUGCACUUGGUGUGCCAUCGGGAUUAAUUGGGCACGGUGGUCCGGUGGGGUUACCACCACCUCGAUUGAUGCAUAGUGGAUCGGCCAGGACUGUUGAAGAAUCACGUGAAACACGUCUGUUUCAACGGGAACGUAUUCCGACAAUUAAGGAAUUUAAAAAGUUUUAUGGAUUGCUGAAGACGAAGAAUAGUAAGAAGGAGUUCAUGGAUUUUGAUGGAUCAGAGAAGGAAAACUCUCGACAUGACAUCAUGUUGUAA